CCCUGACUUUGGAGCGGUUAGUUUCAAGUAGUUGGCCUAUCCCCACAUUAAAAAGCCUCUCUCUUCUAGCCAACCUCCCUUUGCCAAGGGCCCCACACAAUCCUUGCCAAAUUCAACUCAUUCUCAACUUAAAAUAUUAAAAAAUAAAAACCCCAAAAUCCCUCCUAUUUCUAUACCUCCUCUCCUCUCCAAUGCAAAACACCAUGGGUGAAGCAAACAAGCUCCUAAGGAGCUCAAUCCAUGCCUUCUUCCAAAACUACACCUCCUUCAUCUCCGUCGCCGCUCUCCUCCUCCUCCCUGUCUCCUCCUCCUUCCUCCUCUCUCAAGCAAUCCUCACCUCCUCUCCCUCCACCCUCCAUUUCAUCUCCUCUCGCCUUCGCUCUUUAUUCCAAGCUUCAUCUUUCCCUUCAUCAUCCCCCCUCUUCCCCCUCCUCAAUCUCUUGCUCUCCCAAACCCUCUUCUCCUCUAUCUUCACCCUUCCCUUCACCCUCACCUUCCUCCUCCUUGCGAAGGCCUCCGUCGCACAAAUUACUCCGAAAAACCCCUUCCCUCCCUUCUCUUCUAUCCUCAAUCUCUACCCCACUCUUUUAACAACCCACAUCUUCAGUUCCUUCAUUCUUCUCUCCGCUAAUUCUUCAAUCUUUGUAACCCUCUUUCUCGUCUUUAACAUUGCAGAGCUUGUCGGGGUUUCUUCCGAUGAAUCUCUUUUGAUCAUUUCUCUGAUCGGUGUCAUUAUCUACUCGAUAGUUCUCGCAAAUACGGUGCUGAUUUGUAACCUGGGACUCAUUGUAUCGGCGAUGGAGAAUUGCAGCGGCUACGUCCCUCUGCUUAAAGCUUGCUUGCUAAUGAGGAAGAGGGUUGCGACCGCGCUGUCCCUUGCUUUGCCUACGAAUUUGGCGAUGGCCUUGAUUGAGGCGCUGUUUCAGUACAGAGUGGUGAGGUUGUAUCAUGUGUCGAAGAAAUUGAAUAUGGCAAUUGUAUGUGAGGGGUUCUUGGUUGCGUAUAUGCAUUCUGUGGUUAUGGUUGUCGAGAUUAUCGUGAGUUGCUUGUUUUAUAAGAGGUGCAGGUUGAGUAGUGGAGAGGAUUGGGAGGAGGGGUUCGGGUACAGAAUUGAGAUGGAACCCGAAGAUAAGGAGGAGGUUUGAUUGAUGACCGAUUCAUUGUACAAAGUAAAGAUUAUAUGUUGAUGAGACGCGAAAUUGCGAGGUAUGUUGUUAAGCGUACAGCAAUUUCAAAGUGUAAACAGGGGUUAUACGACAUAAAUUAUGAGGUUAUCCCUUUUUUUUAUUCAACUAUUACGGUGCACGUGCUU